AUUGCCUUAGCCUUAUUUUGUAGGUAUCCUUACAUGGCAGUGGUUCUAAAUUUCAGCCAGUCAUGGGCUCUAUACUGUUUAGUUCAAUUUUACACUGCCACAAAGGCACACAUAAAACCAUUAUACAAGUUCCUUACAUUUAAGUCAAUUGUGUUUUUGACUUGGUGGCAAGGAGUGGCAAUUGCUCUUCUCUAUUCCCUUGGAUUAUUCAAAAGUGCUAUAGGUCAAGGCUUGCAAUUUAAGUCAAGUGUUCAGGACUUCAUCAUUUGUGUAGAGAUGGGCAUUGCUUCUAUUGUUCAUCUAUAUGUUUUCCUUGCAAAGCCUUAUGAGCUGAUGGGUGACCGCAUUCCUGGAAGUGUUUCAGUUCUUGGAGAUUAUGCAUCUGUUGAUUGCCCUCUAGAUCCAGAUGAGGCUAGAGAUAGUGAAAGACCCACAAAGUUACGCCUCCCUCAGCAUGACAUUGAUGUGAAGAGUGGAAUGACCAUUAAAGAAAGUGUUCGGGAUGUUGUUGUUGUUGGUGGUGGAUAUAUUGUGAGUGAUGUGAAGUUUACUGUUAACCAAGCAGUGGAGCCAGUGGAAAAGGGUAUUGCAAAGUUUAAUGAGAAAUUGCAUAAGAUUUCUCAAAACAUAAAGAGACAUGAUAAGGAUAGGAGAAGAACAAAAGACGACAAUUGCAUAUCUUCACCCACUCAGAAGGUGAUUCGUGGGAUAGAUGAUCCCCUCUUAAAUGGGAGCUUUAGUGACAGUGGGGUAGCAAGGGGAAAGAAACAUUGUCGCAAAUCUGGAUAUACCAGUGGAGAGAGUGGGGGAGAAAGUAGUAGCGAUCAAAGCUAUGGUGGCUAUCAGAUCAGGGGCCAUAGAUGGGUUAUAAAAGAUUAACAUUUGGAAUGGAGAAGGGGAUCAAAUCCAAAUGGUGCAUUCCCGGAUGUAUAAGCAAUGAUUUUCAUCUCAUGGUUUGGCUGUUGAUCUACAUGUGUAGGAAUAUUUUACUGCUUCUCAGGAGAUUGAAGGUUUUAGCUCAUAUUUUUCUUCUUGUGAAGAGUUUCUCGUCAAGUGCUAAGGCAAUGGUAUUU